CGGAGCCGCCGCCUCGGCUCGCGUCUUGUCCCAGGGCCUCCCUGAGGAGCGGCGGUGGCGGUGGCCGAGCCCGCCCCUCUCCCAGCCUCCAUCGCGGCUGCCCGCCUUCCUCCUCCCCCUCCUUCCUCCUCCUCCUCUCCCAAUUCCUAUCCCCAAGCAAGGCGGAGCUGGAGAUUGAACCUUUGGCUGCCACCACCGCCACCUCUCCGUCCAGGCGCCCAAAGCAAGAUUGCCACCCCCUUCCCUCCCGGUGCUUCUUUCGAGGGGGCGACGCGGGGGCAACAAACAAGGAGCGGCGGGGGUCGCGCUUUCUCCGGCGAAGAAACAGCCGAAGCCGCAGAAGCGCCCUGACGAGAAGCGCCACAAAGGAGCGCCAGCGGCGGCGGAGCUUUGCGCCGCCUGCGGAGUCGCCAUGAGCUGGGGCACGGAGCUGUGGGAUCAGUUCGACAAUUUAGACAAGCACACACAGUGGGGUAUAGACUUCCUGGAAAAAUACGCAAAGUUCGUUAAAGAAAGGAUAGAGAUUGAACAGAAUUAUGCAAAGCAAUUGAGAAAUCUGGUGAAGAAGUACUGUCCUAAACGUUCAUCCAAAGAUGAAGAACCCAGGUUUACCUCAUGUAUAGCCUUUUAUAAUAUCCUUAACGAGUUAAACGACUACGCGGGACAGAGAGAAGUAGUAGCAGAAGAACUGGGACAUAGGGUAUAUGGAGAACUGAUGAGAUAUUCCCAUGAACUCAAAACAGAAAGGAAAAUGCACCUUCAAGAGGGUCGAAAGGCUCAGCAGUAUCUUGACAUGUGUUGGAAGCAGAUGGAUAAUAGUAAAAAGAAGUUUGAGAGAGAGUGCAGAGAAGCAGAAAAAGCACAGCAAUGUUUCGAGAGACUGGACAAUGACACUAAUGCCACUAAAGCAGAUGUUGAAAAGGCAAAGCAGCAAUUAAAUCUCCGUACACACAUGGCUGAUGAGAACAAAAAUGAAUAUGCUGCCCAGCUGCAAAAUUUCAAUGGUGAACAACACAAGCAUUUCUACAUUGUCAUUCCUCAAAUCUAUAAGCAUCUUCAGGAAAUGGAUGAACGAAGAACCAUCAAACUUAGUGAAUGUUAUAAGGGGUUUGCUGAUUCUGAGCGCAGAGUUAUCCCAAUAGUCUCGAAAUGUUUAGAAGGAAUGACUGCUGCUGCAAAAUCGGUUGAUGAACGCAGGGACUCUCAAAUAGUAAUAGACUCCUUCAAGUCUGGAUUUGAACCUCCUGGAGACUUUCCAUUUGAAGAUUACAGUCAGCACAUUUACAGGACUGUUUCUGACGGAACAAUCAGUACACCAAAGCAAGAAGUGGUGAAAAUCGAUGCAAAAACCACCGUGGGCAAGGCUAAGGGCAAGCUGUGGCUUUUUGGAAAGAAACCAAAGCCGCAGUCCCCUCCCCUUACCCCCACUAGUUUAUACACGUCCAGUACUUCUAAUGGUUCCCAGUAUCCCUUAUGCUCGAUUGAACAAGUCCAUUAUUGCAUGAGUGAGAUAAAAACAGGGAAGCCCAGAAUUUCUUCUUUCAGAAGCCUCAAAAGAGGGUGGUCGGUGAAGACGGGCCCUGCUCAAGAAGAUUUCAGCCACCUGCCUCCAGAACAAAGGCGGAAAAAACUGCAGCAGCGAAUUGAUGAACUUAACAGAGAACUACAAAAAGAGACAGAUCAGAAAGAUGCGCUCAUCAAAAUGAAAGACGUAUAUGAGAAAAACCCGCAAAUGGGUGAUCCGAGCAGUCUUCAGCCAAAGUUGGCUGAAACUAUGAGCAACAUGGACCGCCUUAGAAUGGAAAUUCACAAGAAUGAGGCCUGGCUUACUGAAGUUGAAGGUAAAGUAGCAGCAAGAGGAGACCGUAGACACAGCAGUGACAUCAACCACCUCGUGACCCAAGGACGAGAGAGCCCUGAAGGGAGCUACACCGAUGAUGCAAACCAAGAAGUUCGAAGCCCACCUCAGCAGCACGGCCCCCAUAAUGAAUUUGACGAUGAGUUUGAAGAUGAUGAUCCCUUACCAGCCAUAGGACACUGCAAAGCUAUUUAUCCUUUCGAUGGUCACAAUGAAGGCACUCUGGCGAUGAAAGAAGGGGAGAUUCUGUACAUCAUAGAGGAAGAUAAAGGGGAUGGGUGGACUAGAGCCCGGAGGCAGAACGGAGAAGAAGGAUACGUGCCAACAUCCUACAUCGAUGUGACUCUAGAGAAGAACAGUAAAGGUGCAGUAACCUAUAUCUAACCUCCAGCCCGUCAGCUUAGCAAUGAACAUUCCUUAAUGAAUCCUGAAGCACACAGAUGGAUGGAAAGUGUUAAGAGCAUUCGGGAAGCCUUUCAAUCUGUUGUUCACCAUGUGAGCUCGUCCGGGGAUGUCUGUACUGAAGCUGGAAGAACGUCUGCGUUUCAAUGAGUCUCUGACACAGCUUUGGCCAGUGCCGUGCCUGUAUGUCUUCUCGCUCUGCCUCUGUCUGCUUCAGGGCUUUUAAGCAUUCUCUUACAAUCAAUGGUUAAUCUGCUAUGAUUUCAAUGGGUUUUUUUUAUUUGGGGGGGGACUUUUUACUGGCUUAAUUUUUUUAUUAAAAAAAUUGAUCACUAUAGCUAUUAUUUCCAUCGCAUCAGUGUGUACAGUCCGUUAGCCAACCCCUUCCCCCUUCCCAAAUCCCACCCCCAAAACCAUUUUCCAAUACCCAGUUAAUAAUUAAGUGAAAAUGGCUCUCCUGCAGAUUAAGUGGGCAAGCGAUCUGCUUUUCUGAAUGCAAGCCUUUCCUCCUUGUUCUCUUGCCCUGUUCUGCAUUGUGCAUGGAAAACGGCUGACAACCCAGUGCAAUGAGGUGCAGCUCAGAAAACAAAGAAACCGUUUCUGCUGCGAGUGUACAAGCCAUUGCUUAGGUGUAAGAGAUUGCUGCUAACGUUUACAAACAUGCCUGCCGCGUACACAUUACUGCACUUUUUUCUUUGCAAAAUCAACGAGCGGCACUUUCCCAUCCUACAAAGGAUGAAUGUGGAAGGUAGCUGGGGAAGUGCAUAGCUAGUAACUGGGGAUUCAGCAGGUGUGCAGCAUGCUAAUGUGCCCCGCUUUAUUCCGUUCCUACCUGUUAAAGAUUUUGAAUGUAACAUGGGUUGCUGAAAUGAUUUCCUUCUGCUUGGGAUUCCUGACAAGGUUAUUCUGUCAGUAAAAGGCAACUACCCCUUCUCUUGCACCGACACUCUUGGGGGAAAAAUAUCUCCUGGUAAACAUCUGUUCCAGGAGUCCAGGCAACGCUGCAUCUCAAUUUCACGUGCACACAUUCGGUGCGGACUACCCCAUUCAGAAGGAGCAUAUCUGCGUACCUGAAGGAAGGCGGAUGCCGAUGAGCCCCCCUUUGCUAAAAUGCACGGAUAUGCUAUUGUGAAAAUCCCUGUGUGCACAUUGGAGCGCCCGGGCCUGGAAUAGAUCAAUGGACUGGGAUGAUAGUCGCUGAUGCACUAUAAUUCUACAUAAGUACAUAAUUCAACCUGUACAUUUUUACUUGGGCUGGAGGGGUUACCCUGGAAGCUAGGAACGCUUGAAAAGGCUUGGUGCCAUUUCCUAUGCAUAGGAGGAUUUAUUUUCUAACCAUUUGAGAGGGGUUUUAUUUAUUUAUUUAUUUACUUUAUCCUAUGAGCACACUUCUCUCUCUGAAGGCCUCUGGUAAUUCUUUUCUUCUCUUUUUUCCUCUUGGACUGCAGGUUCCUGAAGCGGGUUUCUGAGAAAAUGGGCGAGAUGUUGAAGGAGGUUACAUGCAGCUGCUUUUUUUUUUUAAGGGGGGUGGGCAUGGGGAGGGAGUUAGGCCCAGCAAGAAGGGCAAAAGCCAGUUGCAUGAAGGCAUGCAGGCAAACAUGACUCACUAACCAUGUUAACAUCCCUCUGUGUAUUCAGAAUCGUUACAGUAAAACCACAGCUCCAUUUCAGCAGAACCAAACCACCUGAAAACGCAUUCCUUUUGUGGUCCUGAGAAAGCCCUACUUUUGCUGUCUGCCCGUUGCAUUGCCUAUUGGCUGUUUCGGCUGCCUCAUUUUCCAUGCCCGUUUUGAGCUGGCAUUGAAUUGAAGCCAUGUCAUCCUUCACAGUCUCUGCCUGUGCCACCUCCAUUCUCGCCCUAACCUCCUCCUGCAUGUCUAGAUACGUAUCAGGCCUGCCUGCCUAAUGUUUUUUGUAUUUCCAUAGCUCUUCCUCCUCUUCUGCGUCCGUAGCAAAACCCCACUUUACUGUAGUUCUGUUAUCUCCAGCACUAAAGCUCAUUUUUCUUUUUAUUUCAGUUUCCACUUAAUGCUGCUAUUGUUACCUUUUUUUCUCUUUAUGACCAUCAUCAUUACAUUCCAGUUCUUUUUUUGUGUUGCGACUGAUGUGCAAAAACCUAACAUUCAUUUUGAUUUGGGGGAAAGGAACGUGUCCCAGCAGCCCAUCCUCAACACCUCAAUAACCCGUGAGCACUGAACAGCCUGAGAUUUAACAGCAAAGAUUUUUUUUUUCACCACAAGACAAAACGACUGUUUUCAGAAGUGCUUGCCAUUCAGAUGCUGCCUUAAAACUCUCGAGUGCCUAAAUCUGUUGAUUGCCAACGCUUACCACUUCAGUAUCCCACAAAGGGCUUUGAGCCUCUGCUCCAAAUGACCUCCUGCAUCUUCCUACAGUAUACUACAGCUGCUGGUAGCCUUGGCAGAUGCUUUCUGGGCCUCUGCCACAACAUGAUACAUGGUGCAUUGUAAACUUUAUGCAUUGGAAGCAAAACACAUGUAUCGUUUUCAUUUUAUGUCUAAUGAAUGUUUUUAAUAGGAUUUUUAUGGGAACUUUUUUUUUCCCCUUCUUGAUUGUCUCUUAUUUCUUGAGUUGGCGGGGCAGGGUUGGGUGGGGAAAGACUCCAGUUUCUAAUUAACUGCAGUGCUAAGUCUGUUUCCAAGUGACACUUCAUUGUAAGGACCAUUUGAAAAAUUGGAGUGAUACUUUGUAAUGAUCUAUGUGCACUUUUCCUUGUAAACAUUCGAGAUUUGAGAAAUGUUUAUACAUGUAAAUAUAGUUGUCUGCAGCACACAUCCAUAUUGCCCAUGUUGUUUUGUCUGCCAUUUGUUAGUUCUGUUAAUGAAAUCAUCCCUACAUCUAAAAUAAAUAGGGGAAUCUUAGAAUAUGGGGAGUUAGGAGGGAGGGAAGGAGGAACUAUUUAAGUUAAAAGCUUCAUCGGUCCAGCUUUUUUUGCUGUUUGUGGUAAUGUUAAAAACAAACAAACAAACCGGUUUUUCUAGGGGUGGGGUGGGGGGUUGAAGCAAUAUUUGGACACGGCAGUGCUGGAUUCCUUUAGAACUUUUUUUCAGUGUUAUUAGGAAUUGUACUACCAGUAAAACUAAAUCUGUGUGACUAUUGUGGUCUCUUCUUUUUAUUAUUAAGUGUGCCACUAUUACGCAAAUGACAUAGUGUAUUUACAGGGGCGGGGGUGGGUAAUUAAACACUAAAGGUUAGAUUUUUUUCGGAUAUUGUACACAGGGUUAUUUAUAUGAUGUGACCUCUUUACUCAUUACUGACAAAACUACAUGGUAUUAGUCAUUCAGCUUUUGGGUUUUUAAAAGACCAACCUAGUGGGUUGUUGUU